GCGCGCGCAUCGUCGAAAAUGAACUAGAAUUUUGAAAACAGAAAAUAUUUCUGUUCUUUUAGGUAUUUAGACGUGAAAUUAGCUUCCGAUGCAUCUAUAACUCUGCGAAAUUCAAAAUCUACAGUCCAUGUGACUUGCAUAUCCGAUAAAAUUACACGAAUCUCCAGAUUAUAUCCAGCAAUAUUGAGUCAAAAUGAUGUGAAUUUUUACAAAAAUUUGAAAGAAAAACUCCUGAAUAAAGUCAAUGUAAAAACAUAUUUUUAGUUCUGAUUUAUCCUAAUGGACCAUGAAAAACCGUCGCAAGGCUUCUCAAACAACACUGAUGAUGUCUUUGAACAGAUCCCGGCCAUGAUGGCCAACAAUGGUGACCAGUUCUUCUCAGCCACAUUUAGCCGCAGUCAAGAUAUACAUGAGUACCAGGCAGCUUUUCCUCCGCCAGCAACACGCCAAAGUCCCAUUACUAUGGGAGACCAGCAACAAGGACCAAAUGGUCCAGUAGGACCACAUAGAAUGAUGGUCAACAGUUUUGGAAAUAUGAGUCUUCAAGGAAGACCCCAGCAUCCCCUCUCAAAGGGUCGUAACCCUGGUGCUAGCGAGUUUGUACCACGUCCUGCUGCCAGCGAGUUUGUGCCCAGACAGGGUGGGCUUGCACAUAGCGCUAGUAGCCCUUCCUUUAGCAAUCUCGCAGGGAACCUGUCUGGCAAUCUACCCAAUAACCUAUCUGGAAUGUCCUCACUGGGGACGAGAACACCAGUCAGUGUACAAGGCCUGAGCCCUGGUGCUAGUCCAAGAAUGAGUCCCCAGGGGUCGCCACUGAUGAUGAGGCGCAAUAAGUCUCCAAUGCAGCCACUCCAAACGCAGCCAAACCAGACAUCUACCCCUACCCCACCCAAUGCACCCCCAAUACAACUGGAAAACAUUGGUGGUACAACAUACUUCUUCACAGAGGGUGAUUCUAAUGCUUCCAGUCAGCAGAACAGCAGCAUGAACCUGAAUGCUAGUGGCAUAGUGCAGGUUCCCUACAACAUGUAUCCCGGUGCGCUACCACAUGUUGCACACAUGAAACUCAAGUCCAAUAUACCAAGUUUCUCCAUGCCUGAUGAAAUCAAAAUGGAUAUUUUAAACAAGCACACAUUAAUUCUCCAAACCAUGGAUGCGGAGGUUAGUGCUGACAUCCCCCAACAGGUGGACACCUACCACGAUCUCGUUCCUCUAGAAGCGCCACCUAUGAACCCAAUGCAGAAGUCUACGACAUUUGGGUACCCCACGACUUGCUACAAGGCUACGAAUAUGAAGAAUGGACUCGUGUAUUGUUUGCGGAGAAUUCAUGGUUUUCGGCUGGUGAACACAAAGUGUAUGGAACUGAUAGACCUAUGGAAGAAGAUCCAACAUUCAAACAUAGUUCAGCUGAGAGAAGUGUUUACGACAAAGGCAUUUGGAGAUCAUUCCAUGGUAUUUGUAUUUGACUAUCACCCAGCAGGGGAGACAUUGAUGAUGCGUCACUUUAACAACCCGCAGCCACAUCUCAAUGGUUACUCUAGCCCCUACAAUAUAGGUGGCGCUGCAAGGCCAUUCAGUGCCGGGAAAGGAGUAAACAGGCAGAAUGCAGGCCUACUCCCAGAGAGUGCGAUCUGGUCAUAUGUCGUACAGCUCAGCUCUGCCCUAAGAACCAUCCAUGCUCACGGCCUCGCUUGUAGAGUCAUGGACCCAACCAAGAUUCUUUUAACAGGAAAGACAAGAUUGCGUUUGAACUGUGUUGGUAUAUUUGAUGUGUUGAGUUUUGACGCCACGCAAGCUAACCCUCUCGCACUUAUGCCACACUGUCAGCAAGAAGAUCUGGUCUCAUUAGGAAAGGUGGUGCUGGCGUUAGCGUGUAACUCAGUGAUUGGAAUACAACGUGAACACAUCCAAACGUCCAUAAACCUAGUAGCAAGGAACUACUCCGUUGAUCUGAAGAAUCUUAUAUUGUAUUUGUUGUCUAAUCAGAACCGCAAUAAGAAUGUGAAUGACAUCAUGCCUAUGAUUGGUGCACGCUUCUACACGCAGCUUGACGCUGCCCAAUUACGCAACGAUGUGCUUGAGAAUGAGGUUGCUAAACAGGUAGAGAGUGAUCGGCUCUUCCGAUUGGUCUGUAAGAUGGGAGUCAUGAAUGAAAGGCCAGAGUAUAACAUGGAUCCAGGUUGGUCGGAGACGGGAGACAGAUAUAUGCUGAAGCUGUUCAGGGAUUUCCUCUUUCACCAGGUGGAUGAAAAUGGUGCACCUUGGAUAGACAUGGCACACAUAAUUCAGUGCAUGAAUAAGUUGGAUUCUGGCUCUCCUGAAAAGCUGACUCUGAUGUCUAGAGAUGAGCAAAGUGUCAUUGUCGUGUCAUACGCCGAGUUGAAAAGAUGCUUUGAGAUGUCAUUCAGCGAGCUCAUCUCCCCUGGUCAUACCAACAACUUCUCAUAGCACUCUGCAGGGGUCACUGGAAAUUCUGCAGGUUUCGGUUGAAAUUCUGCAAGUUUCGGUAGAAAUUCUGCAAGUUUCAGUAGAAAUUCUGCAAGUUUCCGUUGCAAUUCUGCAAGUUUCAGUUGAAAUUCUGCAGGUUAUUUUGAAAUUCUGCAGUUUUUUUAAUCUGCAGGUUAUUUUGAAAUUCUGCAGUUUUUUUUUUAAUCUGCAGGUUAUUUUGAAAUUCUGCAGGUGUCUCCCUGUAGAUAUUCUACAGA